GCUUCUCCGCAACGGAGGUUGUUUACUGGACCGACCAUCGAACGACUCAACAAGCCGGCAUCCACCCCACUCAAGCUCUCCGGCUCUUAUCAUCAACAUUCGCGUAGAACUUCGGGCACUUCGGCACUGUUAGAAGGGGAAGCAGAGACGGAUGAAGAAAACACGUCACGGAAAACUUGUAACUUAGAGCAGACGUGGUAGGGAGGGGAUCUUUGUUGUAGCGAGAGGCAACAGCGAGUGGGAAGUGGUAGGCCUGGGACCGGGACAGAUCGGGACUGGUUUAAAGUGAAUCUGUGCACCCGUGGUCGAUGUCAGUUGUUUGCGAGAGAUCGAACUACAAACGCGCGCGCCGUUCUAUUUGCCACUAAACACGUUUGCAAGGAAAUUUGAAAAUUCUUCCUAAUCUUGCAGUGAACAUUUGUUUGAAGAGAAAAGUCUGUGUCAGGUUCAAGAACUCGAAAGCGUUCAAGUACAGCUAUUGAAGUACAAAGAAGGGCUUCCACACAAGAAACGUUAUAGUGAACGAACGGAUUAUAAGCAUUCUGAUAUCUGAGAUCGUGUUCCGUCGACUUGCUCUGAGGUGUACUAAAGGAAGCUACUGUACCGCAACCUUCAGCAGUAAAAUGAAUCGUGCACUUUUCGGAAGCUUGGUAGCAAUCUCCGCCACGGAUAGCAACCGUGGUGUGAGCAGUCUUGCCGGUGCUGGAGAACCACUCGAGCCGGUCGUUGUCGUUGGAAGGCGCAACAGUUUGCCACCGGCAUCGCCCAUCUUUAAGCCUAUCGUCCCGUCGAAGCUGAACGGUUUGGCGACACGCAACGGUGCCCAGGUUCAUCAUCACACACAGAACGGUAACGGCAUGACUAACGAUCGUCCGAUUGAGCUGUCGAAGCGAACCACGGAGGCUAGGGAGACACUGAAAAAAGCUCAAAUUGUGUGCUUCGAUGUCGAUUCGACCAUCAUCACUGAGGAGGGAAUCGAUGAGCUGGCACAAUUCUGUGGCAAAGGCAGUGAGGUGGCUGCACUCACAAAGGAAGCGAUGGGAGGUAGCAUGACGUUCCAGGAGGCGCUGAAACGUCGCCUGGACAUUAUCAAACCAUCGCAGCGACAGAUUCGCGAGUUUCUCAAAACCCACCCGUCGACCAUUUCGGCCGGUGUGAAGGAACUGAUCGAGCAGCUGCGCAAGAACAAUGCCGAGGUGUUCCUGAUUAGCGGUGGUUUCGAUUGUCUGAUCGAACCGGUUGCGGAUGCGCUGCAGAUUCCGCUUUGCAAUCUGUACGCGAACAGAUUGUUCUUUAACUAUAAUGGCAGUUACGCUGGUUUCGAUACCGCGCAGCCUACAUCGCGAUCGGGCGGUAAGGGUGAAGCCAUCAAGAUGAUCCGCAGUGUGAUGGCCGAUGGUGUCGGAUCGGGUUCAGAAAAGGUGGUGGCAAUGAUCGGUGACGGUAUGACUGAUCUGGAGGCAUGCCCACCGGCGAACAUGUUCAUUGGAUAUGGUGGCAAUGCCGUCCGGGAAGAAGUACAGAAACGAGCGACCUACUACGUGACCAACUUUGCCGAUCUGCUUUGGUGAUCGUACGACGAGUGUCCUACUUUUUCGCUGAUUAAUUCAACUCAUAAUUCAUUACUCUUUCACUAGGCGUUAGAAAAAUAUUCGCUACUCGUUGGCUGUAAAUAGUUAAUUUGCUAAUUUUAAGAAUUAUCCUAAAUUAUGAAACACUUUUAAGUUGAGUUAUUGUAGCACGUUUAUUAAUAGUUAGUAUUGUUUGUUUGAUAUCAACAAUGAAAAUAAAAUUGUUUAACGAACUUUAA